AUGGAACGGUUCAUCGGAAGCGUUUUAGCCUUUCCGGCUUCACCUGAUCUGACGCCUGCCGAAUAUAACAAGGAUCUAAAGACUCUAAAUGACAUUCUUUCAAAAUUAUCCGCUCAAGCCUUGGUCGGAACCCGAGACAGUGACCCCCUGGAGCUCCUUGAUAAUAGAGCAAAUAGCUUAGGUAUCCUUUACGCAUUCUUCGCACGUCUAUCCGUCGAUAAGAACGAAAUUCAUCAGCUAUGGCCCAAAUUAAUUGAUUUCUUUUCGGAAUUUGAUGGCAGACAGAUAAAAUUCUCGAAGGACCAACUAUUGGCCGUCCUAAAAGUCUUACUUCAAUUUUGUGAUGCUUGCAAUAAGCCAAUUCUUGCCCUCAAACCUCUAGAACAUACUAUUACUCAACUCAACUAUUCCACUGGCGCAAGGACUUUCUCAUCGUUACAUACUAAAUUUGUCAAGAAGUGUCUUGACGCACGAUCUUACCGUGCUGCCCUUCCAAUCUUGGACAUUGAUAUCGAGGAAUUCCCAGUUAAGGGAAGUGAUAAAGAUGUUAGCUAUAGAGAAGUACUCCAGUAUUUCCUCUAUGGGGCAAUGAUAUACAUGGCAACGAAGAAGUGGAGACGAGCAAGCGAUUUCCUCCAAUUUGUUCUUUCAUAUCCUGCCAUUGGAACGACCGUCAGCCAAAUCCAGGUGGAUGCCUUCAAGAAGUUUGUUCUGGUAACUCUCAUGCUUGAAGGAAGGAAUUUUCAACUGCCGAAAACAAUACCACAAUCUACAGCAAGAGCCUGUCGUAUCGUGGGCAGGCCAUACGAGGCAUUUGCGACAGCUUAUGCCACGGGUAAUCCCGAUAUUCUUCGACGGGAAGCUGCCCUGGUUAAGGAGGUUUUCCAGACGGAUGGGAACUGGGGAAUUGCGGAACAGUGUCUGGAGAACUUCCGUAGGCUUGGAAUUAAGGCUCUGACAAGUACCUACUCCACCCUCAGUAUCGAAGCCAUUGCCAGUCGCGAUUUAGAUGUCCUUGGCUCUAGAGCCAGUACUAUUUCCCCAGAAGAGCUGGAGCGGUAUAUUCUUGAUAUGAUUGACCGGAAAGAAAUCAAGGCUUCCCUAUCUCACUCAUCUACAAACGAUGGCUCCACAUCAUGCAUGGUCUCUUUCCACGAUCUACCUGCAUCCGAAACAGACAUCCUCAAAGACUUGGAGGCUCAGAUCGCCCGAACGGUCCAAAUCACAAACCAAGCCCGACAACUUGAUAAGAAACUUGGCUUAAGUAAGGAAUGGAUCAAUUUCACAAGCAAGAAGCGCGGAGGCCCUGGAGGCGCCAACGACCAUGUUGACCAAGGCUUUGAAGAAAUGGAUGACUAUCCAAUCCAAGGCCGGGGUGGGAUAAUCGAUAUGGCAGCUAUCGCCGGUAUGGUCGGUGGGGUGGAAACACAAGGGUUUCAAGACUAUAUGGGAGCAUAUGAUCCUGCCGACGACGACAUGCAACCUGAUUAUGAUGACUAA